AUGCGCUAAGGUUUCAAAGCUUUUUUCUCUUUUUCCAAACUAGGAGGGCGAGAGCAAGUGUGUGAAAGCUGUUUAUACGAUUAUAACAUUUUACCUUUCAAUUUCGAUUACGUCAUAAAAGCAUGGUAACUUUAAAUUGGGGAGGUCUUAAAUAUGCCAAGACACAUUGAAGAAACUUGGAUAUUCAUCAAAUUGUAAAACCAACCUUGCUUAGUGAUUUUUGGAUUAAAAUUUUUUGUUUUACAAGAGAAAACAAAGAAAACGAUAAAAAGUUGAAUUUUAAUAUUUUAAGGUACAAAAAAUGGAUUAAAUGGAUAAUCUUUUUGGUAAGAAGUCAAUAAUAGAGACAAUUUACUCAUGAUUUUUCAAUCAAAAGUGAAUAUAUCUUUGAAGUUUAUUCUCCUUGUAAGUGGGUAUCUAAUCUAAAUAAUUAUGGGCAAUAUGAUUCAUUAUAAUAAUUUAUAUUGUCUCAAACUCAUAAUUAAAUUUAUUCUUUAAAAUAAGAUAGGAGGUAUCGUGCAAGUUAUUGUAAUUCUACUUUUGGAGGCGGACAUGGUUAUUGUAAGCUAGGUGAUUCAUAUCGAUUUGAUUAAUAUCAAAAUUAAGGUGAACAUCCUCAUUUAUAUGGAUAAAAUAAAUCAGAAAUAAAGGAAUGCGAAAUUUAUGAAAUAUCAUUUAUUUGA